CCCUUGACCUCUGUCUGGACAGCGCUGAUUUGCCCAAUGCUGAUAAAACAACAAAAAACACUAUCUAGCAAUACACACCAAACUAUGCAUGUGCAGCUUGCCCCCCAAGGCUCUGUUCUAUCAGCAGAUGGAUUGGGGACUGUGGAAGAAGGGGAGGAUCAGAGAAGACAGAAUCAAACAUCCUUUUUACACAAUGUAGAGGAUUAACCCCUUAGGUUCCACAGUGUGUAUAGCAAGCAUGCUUGGCUGCAUAUACAGACUGAUUUUACUGUUGUGGGUUUAGUAACACUU